UCUGUUGCAAGUCUGCGUGCACCCGAUGAAUACAUGAGGACCGAAGUGUCUGUGCCCCUGGAUCGGAUGCCUGGAGAGUCGAGAGGGUACUGGAAGUACUAUGUACCUGGGAAGCGCUUCAAGGAGGCCAAGGUCAACGGCAAGGUCAACAACGCCAACGCCGUAGUCAUGCUUGACUCGGGAUCCGAGGUGUCGAUUAUCGACACCACCUUUGUUCGUGAGGUAGGAUGCUAUGUUGAUACAAGUCAGAGUCAAGAGUGUCUCGGCAUAGGCGAAAAGCUGUACGUGGCGACUGGGAGAACGAAGAUCAAGCUCACGCUGGCGGGACACCUGGCGUAUUAUUAUGACGUGUGGGUGGGCGAUGACCUGCCACCGGACUACCAGGCGAUCCUGGGCAUGGACUUCAUGGUACUGGCCGGCAUUCGCUAUGAUCUCGGAGACGGAUCGAUGUGUCUACCUAAUGAGAUCCGAAUCCAGUUGCAUGGACGGAGGCAGAUCUUUAGCGACCGAGCUCGGACGGUGACGAUCGGCCAGUGUAUAUCGCUGGCGGCAGGCGAGACGGCCGAGCUACCGCAGCACAUGUGUGGUGUAGCGGGAUCGGCCAAAAUCUGCUAUGGCUCUCGUAAACAGUGGGUACCUACGUUGGCCGCGGGACUAGAAGCGACGCGCUACCUGCAGAUCACCAAUGUUGGAGAUACGCCGAUCUGUCUGCAACAUCACGAUCAAGUGGGCAUGUGGUUAGUCGGGGAUCACGUGCCUCGCAAAUCGGGUUUCGUGUCCGUCGGGUCGUGGAGGUAUACCGAGUGGCAGAACUUGGUGCACAGCGCCACGACCGAUAGGCGGCCCGAUCCAACUCCUGAGUCUCCAGAGCCUGCGGUUCCUAGACCUGUGUACCCGAUGCCCAAAGCGAUAAUGAGCCGACAGGAAGAAGCUUCUAAAACUCGAUGGAUCGUCGCGCAUGUGUCUAUGUUGUAG